UCCACUCAAUCCAAUUAAGGCGGACUUCAGGCACUCUCUUACGUGUUCACCCAACAAGAUCGACGCUGAGACAACACUACCAGAGCUUUGGCAAAACCCUUUUUUUGCCUGCCUUCUACAUUUUCCCUCUCCAGGCACAAAACAAUGUCGAUGAGCCCCAAGCAUACGACUCCUUUCUCAGUUUCUGAUAUCUUGAGUCCCCUAGAGGAGAGUUACAAGAAAGUGAGCAUGGAGGGCAACAACUUGGGGGCUCCCCUGUCAGUUUACCGGCAGUCUCACGUCUCUCAGGCAUCCAUGCAGCAGCAGCACCAUAUGGGGCAUAACGGGACGGUGCCCGCCACCUACCACAUGGCAGCGGCGGGUGUACCUCAGCUUUCUCAUUCAUCCAUGGGGGGGUACUGUAACGGUAACCUGGGCACUCUGGGCAACAUGAGCGAGCUUCCGCCAUACCAGGAAACAAUGAGAAACAGUGCAUCAGCCACAGGAUGGUAUGGAGCCAAUCCUGAUCCGCGCUUUUCUUCAAUUUCCCGCUUCAUGGGCCCAUCCUCUGGAAUGAACAUGAGCGGUAUGGGAAGCCUGGGCUCUUUGGCAGACGUUGGCAAGGGCAUGGGACCUCUGCAGAGCACUCCAAGGAGAAAGCGCAGGGUGCUUUUCUCUCAAGCCCAAGUUUAUGAGCUUGAAAGACGAUUCAAGCAACAGAAAUACCUCUCGGCACCGGAAAGAGAACAUUUGGCCAGCAUGAUCCACCUCACUCCAACUCAGGUCAAAAUUUGGUUCCAGAACCAUCGGUACAAGAUGAAACGCCAAGCCAAAGACAAGGUGACCCAACAGCAAAUGCAACAGGAGGCCAGCUCUUGCCAACAACAGCAGCAGUCUCCAAGAAGAGUGGCCGUACCCGUUUUAGUGAAGGAUGGCAAGCCAUGCCAAGGAGGCACACAUACUCCAACAACAGGCGCCCAGAACCACCACCACCAGCAAACAACUAGCGCCACGAAUAAUUCAGGAAUUGGGCAACAUCAGCAGACUGGUAGCGCAUGCCAUUCACCAGAUUUAGGCCAUUCGUCUAGCCCUCCCUCCCUUCACAGCCAGGUCUCCAGUUUGUCUCACCUAAACUCUUCUGGUUCUGAUUAUGGCACCGCCAUGCAGUGCUCUGCUUUAUUAUAUGGUAGGACCUGGUGA